GAGUCGUCGAUACUUCCUAAGAAGCAACAGCAGAAAAAGAAAAGGAAGGAAUUUCAAUGAAAAAUGGGUAAAAAAAGAUCGACGAAAAGAAAAAUCAACAAAAAGAAAAUUCAACGGCGCGUGAUUUAGAGACCAAUGGAUUGAUAUUUAUUCAUAUAUGACUGUUGACCAUUGCUCCAUUUUCAUUUCAUUAGGUCUUCCUUCAUUUUCUUUCACCAUGUUCGUCGCCAAGAUCCUCUCCUUCUUCCCAUUUUCUUUGGAAAUGAUGGGAGGACAAUCUAGCAAAAGCAAAUCAGGUGGUGGCGAUGUUUCUCUUCCUCCACUUCCCAUCAAUGAUGCUCACUAUGCAGCUGCCCUUAGUUCAUAUGAAGCUGAGUGUGCAAACAAUCCAGAUUUACGAUCCUUUGAUGUUCAAGUGCACGAAAGGACGAACCGAGCUCUCAAUUCACUGGCUGAUGGAGUUGCGGUUGGGUCGUUGUCAAUGGAUGCACUCAUGGAGGUCACUGACUUCUUACUGGAAAUGAAUGGAGAUGCUGUCAAGAUUAUCCUCGAAAGUAAAGAGGAUGUUUGGAACAAAGAGUUGUUUAGUCUUGUGGAUGCAUUCUUUGAUAACAGUCUCAAAGUGUUAGAAUUCUGUAAGGCGUUGGAGGUGAGCUUACGACGUACUCGGGACAGCCAGUUCAUUAUAAAACUUGCUGUUAGAAAGUUUGAGAGUGAUGAGAAUAAUGGAGAUAAUGGUGAGAGAUAUGUUAAAACAUUUGAAGAGUUGAAGAAAUUUCAGGAGGCUGGGGAUCCAUUUGGUGAGGAGUUUGUUACAUUAUUCCGGUCCUUGUACAAAGAGCAUUUAUCUAUGUUCAAGAAGUUGCAACGUCAAAAGAAGAAGCUUGACAAGAAAUAUACGACCAUGAAGACAUGGAAGACGGUGUCGAAUGUCAUUUUGGUUACUGCAUUUGCUUCCGUACUGAUUUUUUCGGUCGUAGCAGCUGCAAUGUCUGCACCUCCCGUGGUGAUUGCAUUGGGUGCUGCACUAGCUGUUCCAAUGGGUCCAGUUGGGAAAUGGUGUAACACGCUGUGGAACCGAUACUUGAACAGCAUUAAAGUUGAAAAGCAACUUCUGAGCUCUAUGGAAGGUCACAGCUUCAUAAUUCUAAAGGACUUUGAGAACAUUAGAUUACUCGUGCGCAGAUUAUCAAUUCAAUUAGGUUCGUUACUGCAGAAUGCCAAUCUUGGCAUUAGGGAGCAGGGCGCUAUGCAGCUUGUAAUAGAUGAAAUCAAGAAAAACCUUGAAGGUUUUGAUGAGACCAUUGAUAAAUUGAGUGUACAUGCUACUAAAUGCAGCACAGAUGUAACAAAGGCAAGAGAAGUCAUUCUUCAGAAAAUAGCAAGGCAAUCUAACAGCUGAUAACACAACUCCUUCAAUCAGAUUUGCUUCUACGGCUCAUCAGUUGAUUUUGCCCGUAUGCUACUCGGUUAGCAUCGAAAAAAUAGCGAGAGAAGAGAAAGACUAAGAUGGGCAAUAAAUUAGUCGUACACUACUCUUCUUAGACCUGAAAGAUUGAGAAUCGUGCCAAGGUGAAAUCGCUCGCUCGAUUGAUAUUUAUUUAUGAUAAGCUUUGAACAUUGUUAGGAAAGAUUUGGAAGGAUUUAGUUUCUUCUUUAUCUCUUCUUUCUAUUGAUGUCGUGUAUCUAAACUGUCACCAAGGUUACACCAAGAGGUGUGGGAAUGAAUGUAUAAUAACUUAAUCCCUUUAUUGUUC